CGUUUCUCUUUAUUACGAAUAACUUUUACAACACUUAUUAUGAAUUCUUGGAAUCGUUAUUUUGAUGAUAUUCCUGUUAAUAACUGGUCUGUUUUCCAAUUUCAUAAAAAUUGGAUCGAUGUUCACAAAAAUGAACCUGAGAAACUAAUUUAUAGCAAGGCUAUGGACACGCUUAUUAAAAGCCUCCGCGCGAUUAUUAAUCGGAGCGCGGAUCUCUCAAAAAUCUGGAAAGCUAACGAACUUUUAGCCAAAUGUCAGAACCAGAAUCAUCGUAAAGCAGGAAGCAAUAUAGAUAAAUUAUGGCUUUGUGUUGAAAAAACUUUUCAAGAAAAGAAUAUUAACGCGGGAACGAACUGCAUACAGCUUGUUUCUUGCGAAGGCGUCAACAUUAGUAAUGUUGGAGAUAAACGGUCUUUGGCAACUCCGAUAACUGAUAAGCACCUAGAUAAGGAAAACUCAUAUAAACGCCGACGUGAAGAUCUGGAUAACGUAAACUUUCUUUAUGAUGAAAAAAAUACUAAUGAGGAGGAUGAAUUAGAAAAACAUGCCGAAGAGACCAUCCAAUAUAAUGGAAAGAUAUGGAUUGUGGGUAGCACGAAGAUCAAUGUACGUGAUGCGUUAACAAAAUGGCAAAAACGAAAAGACCGACCGCGCACCGAUCUAGCAUUUUACGAUAUUAUAGAUGUUACUCCAGGGUCAAAUAGUGACUUUAUACGAUCCCAGCCUAAUGAUGCAAUAUAUGAGAUGAAGCAAUUUGGAUCAUCAGAAGAGCCAUCUAUCGCGAAUGAUGUGAAAGAAUUAAUUGUUAAAUUUAUUAAGGCAAACGAUUUUCGCAAGGUUGUCGAUGAGAACUAUGUUGAAACACGAAAAAACGAUACUCUGAAAUUUAUAUGGGACUUUGCGAAUCUUCUUGCGGAAUCUUUUGAAAGAGACAACGACCUUACAGACUUUGAUUUGUCUGAACUAGCAUAUCGAGAAAUUUUUCUGGCACCUCUCAUUCGUAGUUUGUUCCGUGGAAUGCAUCGGGAGAUGCGCAUUUUUUUCGGUGAGAAACAUUUAUUCGCAUCAUCUGAAGAACUUAAUCUCGAAAAAACUGAUAAAGAAUCUCGUGAAGUUGGACGAAAAGUUGAUAUCAUUUGGUCUUUAAAGUCAACAGACCUUGAAUUUACUGUCGGUGAAGUCAGUGGACCACCAAACCAGCGCAGCCAUCCACGCUUUUUCAGUGAUAAAUUAAAGAUCGCUAAGAUGUUGAAAAUCAUAAUCAAUAGGAUUGUAAGAAAGCAUUGUGGUACAGGUGUGAAACUUAGCUCGUUAAAACUAUACGGAUUACAAAUAUAUAAUAAUGAAGUAAUUUGCUAUGAAUUGUCAGUACCCUUUCGAGGGUUAUAUAUCUUCCGCGAAGUUCUUCGGUCGAAAUUGCCAACUAAUAAGGUUGAAUUGGCGUUAAUAUCACGAUCCAUACCAACGUUGCUCAAAUUCAAGGAGUUGCUCGAACAGAGUCAAAAAAGUCUGAAAGAUUAUAUUGUGGACGCAUACAUUAUGUCAAUAGAUUCUGGUGAAAGCGCAAACCAGUUUAUCACGUUUACGAAACAGGAUAAAAAAAACAAGUAGCCGCCAUAAUAUAGAAAGUGUUUUAACAAAACCUGUAACAGAAGAGCUUUAUUAUUUUAUUAAUUAUUUAAUUUCUUUAUAACUACGUGAUAUUAAAAUGUAACACGACGG